UGUGGUCCUCUUAAGACACUAAGUGGGAAAUGGGGUCUCAAAACACUGUCAAUAAAAAAAUAAAAGUGAUUCUUCAUUCAUCGUCAACGGCUUAUAGCAAGGUAACCAAAAGUUCCCUUAUUUAGCUAUUCCCUUAUUUUUCUUGUUUAAUUUAAAUCAUUUUGUAUAAAUGAGGCUCUGAAUGAUAUAUAAACAUACCCCUCAACAAACCCCUUUUUGGAACUAUAAAUAAUAAUUAAACCGGAAUUUUGGUAUUUGGUAUGUUUAAAGGCCAUAGGGAAGAUAUCAGGAACAGAAAUACUAACCAUCAAAAUCUACUUUUAUUUUGAAAACAAAGAAUGUACCUUUUUCGUAUAACAAGUUUGUUUGAAUAGGCAAUAGUCGCAUUGUGUAAAGGUAACUUCUGAAUUUAGGAGAACUCUAUACAAAAAGAUAAAGUAGGGAAAUAAUCACCUUAAUGCACAUUUUAGAGGUUUACUUCCCAUCAUUCGGGAAAUGUUUUCCAAAUGAAUAAUUACAAAAUAGUUGCAUAAUUGACUCAUGCAUGUUUCCCCCCUCCUCCCCCCGUCGAUUCUCCCCCUCAAAGUGCAGCCGUCCGUCAGAUAACCGCACGAGAUGGUGAGAAUCCUCCAGCUGCGCCGCUCUCCCUCUGCGGCGUGACAUCACUUCACCACAACCAGAGAGUGGAAGGUAGCUUCGGACGGUCGGGCCCAGGACGACUCAUGGCAGAUCGGGUGUUACUGCGGGCUGUUGGCGCGUCCGUGGUUCUGCUGCUGCUGCUCUGUCUGAUGGUGUAUUUUCUGUGGAGGAGUAGGAGGAACAAGAAUAAAGGUCGUAGUCAGUACGAGGAGCUGCUCCCUUCAGUAGCAGCUCGCUCUGCUCCCGUGAUCCUCGUGUCUCAGGACUCUGUGGCCACGCUCCGUGAGAUCCCUUUCACGGUUCCUCCUCGCCUCCCGACACAAAACCAAGGUGACCUGAAGAAUGAAGAGGAGGCGGAGAUGAAGACGGAGACCCAGAGAGACAUUCUAGCGCAUCGUGGGUCGCUCUCAGUAAGCAGAUGGUACCCGGUGGGGACGGUGCUGGCCGGCCUCUACCCUCUCCCUCCUCUCAACGAGGUGGUGGCGCCGCCUCCCGGCAUGGCCACCCGCCUCUGCUUCUCCGUGGAGUACCGGCACAGCAGCGAGCAGCUCGCCGUCUCCCUGCUGCGCCUCGGCAACCUGCCCCCCCGCUUCCACGGCAACGCCACGCUGGUGGAGCUGCGGCGUCUCCCCGACGACCGGCGGCCCCGCCAGGCCAAGGCCCGGGGCACGGGGCCCGACCCCGAGUUCAGCGACCGCUUCGUCUUCCAGGUCGAGAGGGCACGGGCCGAAAAGAUGAGGGGGGGGGCGUGCGGGCCCCGGGGGACCCAAAAGAGCCAUCGGUGUCUGACGCGCCUCCCCCCCCCGGUUGUCGCCCCGCAGGUGGCGUGCGCGUGCGUGCCCCGGAGCACCCUGAGCGUGUGCGUGCUGAGCGUGGCGCCGGACGGCAAGCGCCACGCGGUGGGCAGGGUGCUGGUUCCUCUGGAGGGGGAGCUCGGGCAGGCCGGCAGGGUGCUGUGGAGGGACCUGGAGACAGAGGACCACGUGCAGUGUUCAGAGUUGGGUGACGUGCAGAUUUCCCUCAGCUACAGUCCGUCCUUGCAGCGCCUCUCCGUGGUCGUUCUCAGGGCUCGAGGGCUGCAGCUGCUCACCGAUGCAGGUGUGUGUGUCCAGGCGAGCUUACAGAUACACACCCAGGUGGUGAAGAUGAAGCGCAGCCGCGUGGUGAAAUGUCACAACGACCCGUCUUUCCACCACCGGGUGACCUUCAAACUGCGCCCGCAGCACCUGGACGAGGCCUGUCUGAGGUUCGAGCUGCAGCAGCCCAACGGCGCCCCCUCAGAGCCCCCGGCCCUGCUGGGAGUGCUGGUGUUGGGCCCCUUCAUGUACGCCAGGGGCCAACAGCUGCAGCACUGGAUGGACAUGGUCAACACGCCGCAGGAGGCGGUGGAACUGUGGCACGGAUUGGGCAGAGCUGCUUAAAUACAUGCCACCCUGAAUUGAUGGGCAACAAAAUGGGUACAAAGUCACUUUAGAAGCAACAUUAACCCAUUUUUUGAUUUAGUUAUCAUCCUUGGAAACGGAUCCAUCUAUAAUCACCCCCACCCUUUUUAACAGCUCUAUUUUGCAACCACUAAUUACAUGUCUUGCAGCUUAAUAGUGGAAGAUAAUUCAUAUUUAACACCGUUGCAACAUUUCAUAGUAUUGUUCAUU